AUGCAGCAACCGAUGUCGAAAACAUUGGAACACAAACUCCACCGUCUCCUCAACAACCGCCGCAAAUCCUCCACCCUGCGCACCCUCACCCUCUCCACUCCCUCUCAAGUAGACUUCUCGUCCAACGACUUUCUCUCGCUCUCCACAAGCCCCCUUUUGAAAUCCCUCUACCUCGCCGAGAUCCAAAAAUCCAACCUCCCCCUCGGCAGCGGUGGCUCCCGGCUCCUGGAUGGAAACUCCCUGUACGCGGAAGCCCUAGAGCGAGAAAUCAGCGAGUUUCAUGGCGCAGAAGAAGGGUUGCUGUUCAAUUCGGGGUUUGAUGCGAAUGCGGGGUUCUUCGCAUGCGUGCCGCAAAAGGGCGAUGUGAUUGUGUAUGAUGAGCUUGUGCAUGCUAGUGUGCAUGAUGGGAUGAGGUUGUCAAGGGCUGUCAAAACGGUGGGAUUCAAACACAAUUGUGUUAAAGAUUUGAGGAAAGUUCUGGAGGGGCUUCUGGAGGAGACGGAGGGGUUGAGGCGAGGGGAGACGAAUGUGAUUGUGGCUGUUGAGUCGAUUUACAGCAUGGAUGGCGAUGUGGCGCCAUUGAAAGAGAUCGUGAGUGUUGUAGAAGGAGUUUUAGGUAGAGAUAGGGGAUACAUUGUUGUGGAUGAAGCGCAUUCGACCGGUGUUUUGGGGCCCAAGGGGAGAGGGUUGGUGUGUGAGCUUGGGCUAGAAAAACACAUCUUCGCAAGGUUACAUACAUUUGGCAAAGCGUUAGCUGGGGAUGGUGCGAUCAUACUCGGUUCCCCAACCCUCCGCCACUACCUCAUCAACUACGCACGACCUCUUAUAUACACGACGUUCUUAUCCUAUCCUUCGCUCGCACUUAUCCGCUCCUCCUAUCAGCUUCUUCGUACCGGUCAAACUGUCCCUCUGCAGGAGCAUCUCCAUCACCUUAUGCAGACACUUUUUGCCUCUCUGCAACAACUUCACAACACAUCCUCUGCCUCUCGUUGCCUCCUGAACAUUCCAAACGCAUGUCCUCAAUCGCCAAUAUUCUCGAUACAACUGCAACGCCCAAGAGAGUUGGCAAAAUUUCUUCAGAUGCGAGGUAUGAUGAUAAGAGCCGUUGUGCCGCCAACAGUGCCAUGGGGGACGGAAAGAGUCAGAGUGUGUUUGCAUGCUGGAAAUACGGUGGAAGAAGUGGAGAGAUUAAUCAGAGUGCUGAAGGAGUGGUGUGAGGAGCAGGUGCAAGGAAGUGAUAAUGCACAUGAGGCCAGCUGGACAGAUCGUGCUCGGCUCUGA